AUGGGCGACGUCCUUGUUGACAAUCCGACACAUACUGUCCCUCCUCACAAGAAAACACCAAUCUCGGAGUCCAUACCCGAUAUCGAUUCAUUAGAAGGAGCAGGCACCGAUGGGAGUGAUGAAUACUCGACGCUUAAGAAACUACAGGCGCACCUGGAGUACAUCAAAUUGCAGGAAGAGUAUAUCAAAGAUGAACAGAGAUCCCUGAAACGAGAACUGGUACGGGCGCAGGAAGAGAUCAAGCGGAUACAGAGCGUUCCUCUUGUCAUCGGCCAGUUCAUGGAAGCUAUUGACCAGAACACCGGUAUUGUGCAAUCAUCCACAGGAUCCAAUUAUGUUGUUCGCAUUCUUUCAACACUCGACCGCGAGAAGCUUAAGCCGUCGUCCUCCGUUGCCCUCCAUCGCCACUCAAAUUCCCUCGUCGACAUUCUGCCGCCGGAAGCGGACUCUUCCAUCGCAAUGCUUGGCGCAGACGAAAAGCCAGAUGUUACGUAUGCGGAUGUCGGUGGGCUGGAUAUGCAGAAGCAGGAAAUCCGAGAAGCUGUGGAGUUACCCCUGACCCAUUUCGACUUGUACAAGCAGAUCGGCAUUGAUCCCCCGCGAGGUGUGUUGCUUUAUGGGCCGCCUGGUACCGGGAAGACGAUGUUGGUCAAGGCUGUGGCAAACAGCACUACUGCCAGCUUCAUAAGAGUGGUCGGUUCUGAGUUUGUGCAGAAGUACUUGGGUGAGGGGCCUCGAAUGGUGCGAGACGUGUUCCGUAUGGCCCGUGAGAACUCUCCGGCCAUCAUUUUCAUUGACGAAAUCGACGCCAUUGCCACGAAGCGAUUCGAUGCACAGACGGGUGCCGACCGAGAAGUCCAGCGUAUCUUGUUGGAGUUGCUGAACCAGAUGGAUGGAUUCGAUCAAACGAGUAACGUCAAGGUUAUUAUGGCAACGAAUCGAGCUGAUACGCUGGACCCCGCCCUUCUUCGACCUGGUCGUCUGGACCGAAAGAUUGAAUUUCCCUCCCUCCGAGAUCGUCGGGAACGUCGGCUGAUCUUCAGCACAAUCGCCAGCAAGAUGUCUCUCUCGCCUGAAGUUGAUCUCGACUCGUUGAUUGUCCGGAACGAUCCACUAUCCGGGGCCAUCAUUGCAGCCAUCAUGCAAGAAGCCGGGCUUCGUGCAGUGCGGAAAAACCGUUACAACAUUAUCCAGGCUGAUUUGGAAGAUGCCUACUCAAGCCAAGUCAAGGGAGCACAAGAAGCCGACAAGUUUGAUUUCUACAAGUAG